AUGGCGUCGGAGUCCACGUUUCUCCAACAACCGGAGCCCGAGAGAGAAGACUAUCGAGCUUCCAAACACAUCCGCUGGUCCGAGGUUUAUUCAUACGUCAUACCUUUGCCGCUCAUGAUCUGUGUUGUUUUGUAUCCGAUUUCAAACAGUAUCCAAGAGAACAAAGAAUACAAGAGGUUCAUGGACUAUUGGGUAUUGUACCCGACAGCUGCAAUUACUACGAUUGAUAUGCUGUGGUUUUAUUUCAGAGCCAUCAAGCGCGCCUUACGGAAUGAUGAACUUGAGGAAAGUUUAGAAACGGAGAAGACUCCAUUGCUCCCAGUUUCACGAAACUCGAAGGACUUCGAGGAAAGAAUGAAGGAUUCAACUGGGGGGUCUUUCAAGCCCUAUUACUUUGUCCUCGUCAUGAUAUCUAUAUACAUGCUCUGUUCAAUGCUCCUCAUACUGAGGUGCAUAUUUCUCCCCAUUCAGGAAGAACUCAACAUAGCACUCGAUACUGAGUGA